AUGGGACUGGCACCGCCGCUAAUCAAUUUUUACGAUAGAUUGGAACAGAACAUCAGCGCCGGCAAUGUUGCAAUUCUCAGCGAAAUCAAAAGAGCGUCACCUUCUAAAGGCGUCAUAGACGAAACUGUUAACGCCGCCAAACAGGCCCUCACAUACGCCAAGGCUGGAGUUGCCACUAUUUCUGUGUUGACCGAGCCAACCUGGUUUAAAGGAAAUAUUCAGGAUCUGGAGGUGGCCAGAAAAGCCAUUGACUCUGUGGCCAAUAGACCGUGUAUUUUGCGGAAGGAGUUUAUCUUCAACAAGUACCAAAUUCUAGAGGCCCGUCUGGCUGGAGCAGACACGGUUCUACUGAUUGUCAAGAUGCUGGAGCUCGAGCUGCUCAAAGAGCUGAUCGCGUACUCCAGAAGCCUCGGAAUGGAGCCUCUGGUGGAGGUCAACAACGUGGAGGAAAUGAAAGUCGCCGUUGCGGUGGGAGCCAAGGUCAUUGGAGUGAACAACAGGAACCUGCACGACUUCAGCGUGGAUCUGUCCACUACGGUGAAAUUGAACGAGCUGCUUCCAAAUAACGGACCAAAAACUCUCCUUUUGGCGCUGAGCGGGAUUUCGUCGCCGCAGGAUGUGUCGAGCUACAAGAAGCACGGCGUGUUUGGAUUCCUCAUAGGCGAGGCGCUGAUGCGCAAGGGCGACCAGGUCGGCGACUUCAUCGCCCAGCUCCACGAAGCAGAAUAA